CGCUUUACAUCGGCAGCCGAAGAAGCCGCGCCGUGCUGUCCCUGUUCAGCAGCCCCGAAAGGACAGUGGACUGGGCGCUUCUGAAAGCUUCAUUCCCGCUGAUGAACAACCGGGACGACUGGAUCCAACCGAAGAGCUGGACACUCUUCCUGCGGAGAAACUCCCAACAGACGGUCCUCUGAGGUGGUUCACAAAAGAUGUGCAGCAAUGCUAUCUGCGGUGUACUUACAAGUGGAGUUUCCACCACAAGCCAAGGCUGUUACAGCAGAUCAGGCACGGAACUCUUGAUACGGCUUUGGCGUGGGCCAUGCUCACACUUGCUUCCAGGUAUUCACCAACGCCAGCGUGCUUUAGCUCUCCCCUUGAAGCCAGCGAUUUCUUUGCGCAGCGAGCGUCACGUGCCGUGCAGCUCCGUAUCACUUCCCCAAGUCUGCCCCAAGUACAGGCGCUUUUGCUACUUACGGGACACAAGUGGGGUGCUGGCGACGGACAGAGCGCAUGGAUCUAUCUCGGGAUCGCAGUGCGCAUGGUGCAGAUGAUGGGGCUCUGUUCAGAAUCCCUGAACACCUCCGACGAUGUAUCGGCGUCAGAAGCAUUCAUUCUCGCCGAAGAACGUCGCCGCACUGCUUGGACGUGCUUCCUCAUGGAGAGCCUCCUCAGUGGCGGCGGCAGCCGCGCACGUAUCCUCACCUCCGAAGAUAUGAGGAUUCAGCUUCCGUGUGAAGACGAGGCAUUCAUAUUUGGGAUACCCGUGCAAUGUGAACUAUUGAACGACGCAUUCUCGCAACAGAAGCGCCCUGACACUAUGCCAAGUCUGUCUAUCCUUGCUUAUACGGUAAGAGUGGCAGAUAUAUGGGGUCAUGUGGCGAAGUGGGCCUCAUGCGACGAGUCCGUCACUGAAAGUCUCGAUCAUCAGGGAUCGAGGGUGCACAGCCUUAUCUCGUCUCUGGAGCAUUGGAAAUUGACAUUGCCAGACCGGCUGCGGUACAGCCUGUUCUCGCUGCAAGCCCACAGCGUGCUUGAACAGGGCCAGGGCUUCUGCUACAUGCACUGCAUAUAUUUCAUGGCCGUGAUAUUCCUCCACCGCCACGAUCUGCCGCACCUGGGUCUCUCGAAAAGCCCGCGGUCUCUGGACGGUCUAGACCAGGAAGCGUUCGGGGACUGGGCGGGCCGGUCGUCGUACACCCUCUACGACACCGCGUCCACGGUGUGCGACAUGUGCGAGGAGAUCAACCGGCUCGGCGCAGACUUCCGGAGAGGGUUGGUUCCAUGGAUUGGCUUCACCGUGUACACCACGAUCGGCGUCAUGCUCUACUUCCAGUCCUUCCCGCUCGAGCCCCGUGCGGAGUUUCUCACCAAGACCAGACACAGACUCCACAGUGCCUACUUGCUCCUCAAGGAGAUGAAAAACGAAUGGCCCAUGGCCAGCCGAUGGCUCGAAAACAUAUAUUCACUGCAAAAAUACCACGCCUCCCGGGUGCAACAAGCCAACCUGUCCGUGGAGGAGCUCCAGAGUUUCCGCAAUCUGAUGGUCGACUAUGGCGCCCUGCACGACACGCCGGUCUCUGAUCCCGCCACGGUUUCCGUUCGGUCCACAGGGAAUACAUUGGACCUGGCUUCAGAAUCAAACACUCACUCGGGUCUAGAGGCUAGACAACGGAGCUACGCACAGCUAGGGGAUACGCCUCAAUCCGCGAGGACUGGGUCAGCGAGCGAUGCGUCAUUGGUAGACGUCUUGCAUGUGCCAAAUGAUUUCGAUGGUGCCGACUAUCUCGUCUCAGAGGAGGAGAUGGCGGGGAUCUUCCAAGAGUUCUGGACCAUGUUCCCUGGGGAGGUUGGCGCGGGUAACAUGGCUUUAUAA